AUGUCUUCCUCUCGGAUAGAAGAGCUUCCCGACGAUGAUGUCCCCAAGACCACAGUCGAGGAUGCCGCUGACAGUUCAGAGUCCGAAGUUGAGGGUGCCGAGGAGCCUACCAUUCCCGGUGGUGCCGCUGUCACUGUCCACUCCCGCAAUGAAAAGAAGGCUCGGAAAGCCAUCGGCAAGUUGGGCUUGAAGCACGUCCCUGGCAUCACUCGUGUUACUCUCCGCAGACCGAAGGGUAUUCUCUUCGUUAUCAAUCAACCAGACGUAUACCGGUCCCCGUCCAGCAACACUUGGAUCAUCUUCGGUGAGGCCAAGAUUGAGGACUUGAACUCCCAGGCCCAAGCCUCCGCUGCUCAACAGCUUGCUGCUGCCGAGGCCGCUGGUAGCAACGAACAUGCCGGCCACGACCACGCCAGUCACGACCACGGCAAGGGGAAGGCCGUCGAGAGCGCCGACAAGAAGGACGAAGAAGAGGAUGAUGAGGAGGCUUCUGUGUCGCGGAACAAGGCUAUCAAGGCGCUCAAGGAGAACGAUAAUGAUAUUGUCAACUCCAUCAUGGCUCUAAGUGUAUGA